AUGGUCCAGAAGACCAGCAUGUCCCGGGGCCCUUACCCAUCCUCCCAGGAGAUCCCCAUGGAGGUCUUCGACCCCAGCCCGCAGGGCAAAUACAGCAAGAGGAAAGGGCGGUUCAAAAGGUCAGAUGGGAGCACAUCCUCGGAUACAACAUCCAACAGCUUUGUCCGCCAGGGCUCAGCAGAGUCCUACACCAGCCGUCCGUCGGACUCUGACGUGUCUCUGGAGGAGGACCGGGAAGCCUUAAGGAAGGAGGCAGAGCGUCAGGCAUUAGCCCAGCUAGAGAAAGCCAAGACCAAGCCAGUGGCAUUUGCUGUGAGGACAAAUGUCGGCUACAACCCAUCUCCAGGGGAUGAGGUGCCUGUGCAGGGAGUGGCCAUCACCUUCGAGCCGAAGGACUUCCUACACAUCAAAGAGAAAUACAAUAAUGACUGGUGGAUCGGGCGACUGGUGAAGGAGGGCUGUGAGGUUGGCUUCAUCCCCAGCCCUGUCAAACUGGACAGCCUGCGCCUGCUGCAGGAACAGAAGCUGCGCCAGAACCGCCUCAGCUCCAGCAAAUCAGGUGACAACUCCAGCUCCAGCCUGGGAGACGUGGUGACUGGCACCCGCCGCCCCACGCCCCCUGCCAGUGGUAAUGAAAUGACUAACUUAGCCUUUGAACUAGACCCCCUAGAGUUAGAGGAUGAGGAGGCAGAACUCGGGGAGCAGAGCGGCUCUGCUAAGACUAGUGUUAGCAGUGUCACCACCCCGCCACCCCACGGCAAGCGCAUCCCCUUCUUCAAGAAGACAGAACACGUGCCCCCUUAUGACGUGGUACCUUCCAUGAGGCCCAUUAUCCUGGUGGGACCAUCGCUCAAGGGCUAUGAGGUUACAGAUAUGAUGCAGAAAGCUUUAUUUGACUUCUUGAAGCAUCGGUUUGAUGGCAGGAUCUCCAUCACUCGUGUGACAGCGGACAUUUCCCUGGCUAAACGAUCAGUCCUCAACAACCCCAGCAAACAUAUCAUCAUCGAGCGUUCCAAUACACGCUCCAGCCUGGCUGAGGUUCAGAGCGAGAUCGAGAGAAUCUUUGAGCUAGCCCGAACCCUUCAGUUGGUUGCUCUGGACGCCGACACCAUCAACCAUCCAGCCCAGCUCUCCAAGACCUCACUGGCCCCCAUCAUUGUUUACAUCAAGAUCACCUCUCCUAAGGUUCUUCAGAGGCUCAUCAAGUCUCGAGGGAAGUCUCAGUCCAAACACCUCAACGUCCAAAUAGCGGCCUCAGAGAAACUGGCCCAGUGUCCCCCCGAGAUGUUUGACAUCAUCCUGGAUGAGAACCAAUUGGAGGACGCCUGCGAGCACUUGGCAGAGUACUUGGAAGCCUAUUGGAAGGCUACACACCCGCCCAGCAGCACUCCGCCCAAUCCGCUGCUGAACCGCACCAUGGCUACUGCAGCCCUGGCUGCCAGCCCUGCCCCUGUCUCCAACCUCCAGGGACCCUACCUUGCUUCCGGGGACCAGUCGCUGGAACGGGCCACGGGGGAGCACGCCAGUGUGCACGAGUACCCGGGAGAGCUGGGCCAGCCCCCAGGCCUUUACCCCAGCAGCCACCCGCCAGGCCGGGCGGGCACCCUGCGGGCACUGUCCCGCCAAGACACGUUUGAUGCCGACACCCCUGGCAACCGAAACUCUGCCUACACGGAGCUGGGAGACUCGUGUGUGGACAUGGAGACUGACCCCUCCGAGGGGCCAGGGCUUGGAGACCCUGCAGGGGGCAGCACCCCACCAGUCCGACAGGGAUCCUGGGAGGAUGAGGAAGAAGACUAUGAAGAGGAGCUAACCGACAACCGGAACCGCGGCCGGAAUAAGGCCCGCUACUGCGCGGAGGGCGGGGGCCCAGUUCUGGGGCGGAACAAGAACGAGCUGGAGGGUUGGGGGCGGGGCGUCUACAUCCGCUGA